GUUGCCGCGAAUUCGGAAGCGCUUCUCGCAUAUUUCGGGGGCAGUGUGGGGGAGAUGCAAUGGCCCUGCAUAAUUCAGAUUGCGACAUUUGUCUUCGUCUGGUUCAAUGUUACUGCGCAAACGUCUCUGGUUCAGAAAAGUUGGAUUCACCAUGUCCAAUGCCAAUACUUUCUAGCACCAUGAAAGACAGUCCACAUUCACGGGCCCCUAAGAAGCCAUGGCGACAACAAGGAUAUUGACUGCUGCUAGCAACAAAUUGCUUUGCACCUCAGCAAUUGCGUGUGGUGGAAAGACAUCAGGAGUGCUUGAAUCUUGCGUCUUCUGUCCGAGCUCUCUUCAAUCUGAAAAGCUAUCUCAGCACUUACCACCACUUUUCAAAUCAGAUUUUUGUAGCUGCCAGCCUCAGAAGUCGUUCCAACCAUCAAAAGUUGCAGGAAGGCGUGUUUCACAGACUUUGCCAAAAAAAGUUAAUUCUGCAUUGUCUGGGCAAGCUGACGUGGGGGAUCAACACCCUGAUGUCCAGGACGAAGCAGCCAGGCAACAUGCACUGCGGCCGCAUCUGGUCAACUGCCCCCGCAGGGGGGUCAUUGGGAACUCCCGUUAUGCUGUGCGACUUCGGAAGGAAAUCGUGCAGGCAGCAAAAGACAAGAACAGGAGCCCUGUCCUUUUCUUCGGCGAGCCUGGCCUGGAGAAGGACGGAUACGCAGCUCUGGUGCAUUUCGGCACCCCUAACCGCUCCAAGAAUAUGGUGCGUCUUGACUGCCAUCGCCUGGGCCGCAGCGCCGUUGAGCUUUUUGGAAGCAGGGCCCGGCCCGGGCUCCUGCACUGGCUGGGGGACGGGACUCUUCUGCUAGACAACGUGCUUCAGGCUCAUCCCGUGUUCCUGCAAAACCUCGUGGAUCUAUUGCGCACGGGCACCUACCGACCCGCAUCGAGCACCCGUCUCGAAGCCUGGGCUCAGCCAGAUGAAGGGGUGACAAUGGAACCGGUGCGGCACAGCCAGGCGCGCAUCAUCUUGACGGCCGAAGGGACGGUUCCGGCGCUCGAGCACCUGGUGACGGUGAUCAAGGUCCCCCCCAUCCGCGUGCGCCCCUCCGACAUCCCCCCCCUCACCGCCUACUUUCUGCGCCAGUACUGCGCGCAGCACGGCGCGCGCCCCAUUGUGCCCACCUCGGAGGCGCUGCGCGCGCUGGAGACGAGCCCCUUCCCCGGAAACGUGCGCGAGCUCCAGGCGGUCCUGGAGCGGGCCGCGCAGAACAUGGCGGACGGCGAGACGCGGCUCACUGCGGACGUCCUGUGGAAUACCGCCAAGCAAGGCCACGACCCCUUCCGCCUGGACCUGCUCAAGGCGUACCCCCCCCUGCGCUCCUUCCUCCGCAGCGACUUCUGGCCACGGGAGAUCAACUUCGGCUUCACCACCUACGUUUUCGCGGCAACCGUGGCGCUACUGCUGUUCGGGCCUCAAGACCGAGAGCACAACGUCGCGCUAACCGUCUUCUGGGCCUACUGGUGGCCCGUCCUCUUUCUGAUCUACCCCUUUUUGGGCCGGGUCUGGUGCUCGGUCUGCCCGUUUAUGAUCUAUGGCGAACUGGUGCAGAAGUGGAGACUGGGCACGGGAGCCAAGCUCUUACAGUGGCCUAGAGAAACAGCCGAGACCUGGGGCCCCUGGUUCCUGGUGUCCCUCUUCGGUGCGAUCCUGGUCUGGGAGGACGUGUGGCACCUCAGCUCGCACGCCGCGCUCUCCGCCGGCCUCCUCUUAUUGAUUACGUCAGGCGCCGUCAUCUGUUCCGCCGUCUUCGAGCGCCGGCUGUGGUGCCGCUACCUGUGCCCCAUCGGCGGAAUGAACGGACUCUUCGCGAAAAUGUCGAUGACCGAAGUGCGCGCGCGCCAGGGCGUCUGCACCGCCACGUGUCAGACGUACCACUGCUACAAGGGCGGCCCGGCGGAGCCCCCCGAGGGCUUAUCCACCGGUGGCUGUCCUGUUCACUCGCACCCGGCGCAGCUCCCGGACAACAAGAACUGCGUCCUGUGCAUGGACUGCCUCAAAGCGUGCCCCCACACAAGCGUGGAAUUCAACCUGAGACCCCCCGGAGUGGAUCUGUGGACCGGUCACAAGCCGGCCACGUCAGAGGUUACGCUCAUGUUCAUGCUGCUAGGGGGAGUGUACCUCCACCGCGCACCGCACCUCAUGAGUCAACUCGGACUCGAGCCUCUCCUCCUCGACUCAAAGCCUAUCCAUGUGGGGAUCGCUUUGGCGCUUCUGUCCCUCCCUGGCUUUGUUGCUUUCGGAGUGGACUCAGCGACCCGCUUCUACUCCGAAACGCGGCGGGCCGUUAAACCCGCGCCGUUUCUGCACCUGGCGUAUGGGUAUCUUCCCUUAGUGUGGAGCGCUACACUCGCCCAUUACUUGUUCCUUUUCCUAGUCGAGGGAGGGACUCUUCUCCCCGUAACGGCAGCGACUGUCGGGUUUGAGGAUCUAGGACUUCCAAGUUUUGUGGCCGACUCUUCUGUUGUAGGAUUUCUUCAGGGGUCGGUUUUGAUGGCGGGGGCCGGUCUGAGCUUGGCCCUCACUCGUAAGCUAGGGAAACGACCAUGGAGCGCGUUGUGGCCCCAGUGCACGACGAUUGUGGCUUUCACGGCCGAGUUGUGGGCACUGAUUCUAUGAGAGAAGAGUAUGUUAGGGAGACAGUUGGUUAUGGGAUUCCUCAUGUGUGUAACAUCGAACACAAGAGUCUGCUUUGCAUAAACAGUGCUGGCUGACCUGAGACAUCGGCAGAUCGGUACUUGUAAGUGUGCAGUGGAGUUUGUUCCCGGAUGGACCGGUGAAAUAGGAUUCAUAGAAACAAGACUUGAAUUUGGAUGCACUCCAAAAACGCUUCGGUAGGACAAUAAGCCGUUAUUGGAAAGGUCGAAAGCUUUAGCUUACAUCAUUUGACUUGCAUCGGAGCAAUUGUGGCACGUAUGGACUUCAUCAUGGUUCCCUGGCAGCACACUCUAUCUCAAC